UUGAGGAGAUGCAGCGCGCUGGCAGCUACUUUGUUGCCGUGAUUGAAGACCAGGAGACCGGGCGCAUCGUUGCGUCGGGCACGCUGGUGGUCGAGCAAAAGUUCAUCCGCAUGUGCGGGCGUGUGGGCCACAUUGAGGAUAUUGUGGUUGCCAAGGGCCAGCAGGGCAAGCGGUUCGGGUUCACAAUCAUCAAGCAGCUCCGGGAGCUGGCCCAUGCGACAGGAUGCUACAAGUCCAUCCUCGACUGCAGCGAGGAGAACGCGCCGUUCUACGAAAAGUGCGGGCUCGAGGUCAAGGGCCUGCAGAUGGCUGUCUACUCGCCGGACGCAGCCAGCAAGAAGACCGCCACGGCCAACAUCUAGACUUAGACAACCACAUGUUUUCUUUUGCAUCCUUCAUCCUCCCUCCCCUUGUGUUAAUUUCACUCAUUAAAUAUUCUCACCGCUAUAUUUAGACAAAGAGGCUGAACA